CCACGAGAGCGCGGGAGCGCGAGAACAGAGGGGGAUUGGGAGAGGCAGAGGAGAGGGAAGAGGAGGAAGAGCAGGCUGCCCGGGCCGGCCGCCAUGGGGCUGGAGGCGGCGCGCGAGCUGGACUGCGGGGGGCUGGGCGCGCUGCUGCGGGAGCCAAGGGAGGCCGAGCGCACGCUGCUGCUCGACUGCCGGCCCUUCCUGGCCUUCUGCCGGCGCCACGUGCGCGCCGCGCGGCCGGUGCCCUGGAACGCACUCCUGCGGCGCCGCGCGCGCGGCCCGCCCGCCGCCGCCCUCGCCUGUCUGCUGCCCGACCGCGCGCUACGGGCGCGCCUGGCCCGCGGGGAGCUGGCGCGGGUCGUGGUGUUGGAUGAAGGCAGCGCCUCGGUAGCCGAGCUCGCGCCCGACGGCCCGGCCCACGUGCUGCUCGCCGCGCUGCUGCACGAGACCCGCGCCGGGCCCACCGCCGUGUGCUUCCUGCGAGGAGGCUUCGAUGGCUUCCAGGCCUGCUGUCCCGAUCUGUGCUCCGAAUCCCCCGUCCCGGCACUGCCGCCUGCUGCGGCCGAAAAUAGCCGCUCCGACGCCAGGGCUCCCUUCUAUGACCAGGGCGGCCCUGUGGAGAUCUUGCCCUACCUGUUCCUGGGCAGCUGCAGCCACUCGGCAGACCUGCAGGGGCUGCAGGCUUGUGGCAUCACAGCUGUGCUCAACGUCUCUGCCAGCUGCCCCAACCACUUUGAGGGCCUUUUGCACUACAAGAGCAUCCCGGUGGAGGACAACCAGAUGGUGGAGAUCAGUGCCUGGUUCCAGGAGGCCAUAGGCUUUAUUGACUCGGUGAAGAACAGCGGAGGCCGGGUGCUGGUACACUGCCAGGCGGGCAUCUCGCGCUCCGCCACCAUCUGCCUGGCCUACCUGAUACAGAGCCGCCGCGUGCGGCUGGACGAGGCCUUCGACUUUGUUAAGCAACGCCGGGGAGUCAUCUCUCCCAACUUCAGUUUCAUGGGGCAGCUGCUACAGUUUGAGACUCAAGUGCUGUGUCACUGAGGCAGGGCCGGGGCCCUGCCAUGCUGGCUCCUCCAGGGCUGAGGCAGACAUGGCCGCUGACUCCUGGGGGAGCUGCCUCCCUGCAGUCCCCUUCACCUCAGGGAGAGCUGCCCCUUCCUCAGAGUUUGAAAAGCCCUCAGGUGGGGGUGCUGGGGAUGCGGGAAUGCUGGACUUUCUCACCUGGUGCUCUUCUGCUAGGGGUUUGAGGGCCGGCCCUCAUGCGGGGAGGAGAAUGGAGGGUAUGCCUCCUCCCCAUCCUCUGGCAGAAACUAACUGGACUCUACAUCCACGGCCACCCACGGGCCCCACCACCAUGUUGAAGCCCUUGGCAGCCUGAGAGCUCCAAGGAACAAGCUGUGACAACAGGAGCCCUGUCUGGGGGGUGGGCCACCCGGGGCCUGGAGCCUGCGCCCUGCGCUCCUGGGGCAGCUGCAUCUCCCGGAGGUGAUGCGUAUAUUUCGUGUGGACCUCUGCUUGCGUGUGUACGGAUGCGAGCAUUUCACGCCUGUGAAUGCUGGAAAGUUGUGUUCAACUGACAUUUAACACUCCCUCCCCCACUUCCUCCCGCCCUGUGGGUGGGGGUUGGAAACUUAGCACUUUAUAUUUAUACAGAACAUUCAGGAUGUGUCAAUAAAAUAUUGUU